CUGUGGUCGUGGUCGUGCUCGUUGCUCUAUCCCCAUUCAAGAUGGCGAAUCGCACAGUAAAAGACGCAAAGUUUAUCAAAGGAACUAAUCCGCAAUAUUUAAUCGAGAAGAUCAUUAGAUGCCGAAUCUACGAUUGCCGUUACUGGAAAGAAGAAUGCUUUGCCCUCACAGCGGAGUUACUUGUGGACAAAGCCAUGGAACUUCGAUAUCUUGGAGGAGUUUAUGGAGGAAAUAUCAAACCAUCCCCAUUCCUGUGUUUGGUCCUCAAAAUGCUCCAGAUUCAACCUGAGAAAGAUAUUGUGGUGGAGUUCAUUAAGCAGGAUGACUUCAAGUAUGUGAGAGCAUUGGGGGCUUUUUAUAUGCGACUGACUGGUACCUCACUAGACUGCUACAAAUACUUGGAACCACUCCUCAAUGAUUUUCGCAAACUGAGAGUACAAGAUAGGAAUGGUGACUUCUGUCUGACACACAUGGAUGAGUACAUUGAUGGUCUUCUUCGAGAAGAGCGUGUGUAUGAUGUCAUAAUGCCUAGGAUUCAGAAACGAUGGGUCCAUGAAGGCAACAAUGAGCUUGAUCCUCGUGUGUCAGCAUUGGAAGAUGAUGUUGAAGACAUGGAUGAGAGUGGAGAAGAGGAUGACAUUGCCAUGCCUGCACCUGAGGCUUCUCGGCAUCAGGAACCCCGUCGAAGCGAGAAGGUUCAUCGAUCUCACCGCAACGAGAAAGUCAGAGAACGUGAUAGAGAUGUGGACAAGAGGCGGGAUCGUGACCGGUAUAGAGAAAGAGAUCGAGACAGAGAGAAAUACCGGGGAAAUGAGAGAGACAAGGACUAUGAACGUCGUCGUCUUCGAGAAGGUGGUGAUAGAGAGCGAGAGAGAUAUGAGCGGGAGAAGGAAAGGGAGAGAGGCAGGGAAAAGAGGCAUCGAUCAAGAUCUCCUGAUCCUGGUCGACAUCGUCGCAAGGAGGAGAAACGACGGGAACGGGAAUGGGAGCAUGAUCGUGGCAAAGGCAGUCAUUCACACAAGUCUCGAAAUGCCAAGGGGGAGAAUGAUGAAAUAGCUGAAGCCAAUGCUCUCAGAGCAAAAUUGGGUCUCAAGCCCCUCAGAUAACAUUGUUGUGUUUUACUGAAUGUGUCUGUGAGAUUAUCUUUUUUUGUACGAAGUCACUUUGGAGUGAGAGUCAAAAUACAAAGGUUGAAUGUC